AAUUCAUCCAGCACAAUACUUCGAGGGCGGUAAUCGCGCAUCUCGUUGGCAUCAGUCGAUCAGUGGGGAGAUCACAUGAUCCCCACUUCCUAGCAGAAACCAUAAAACCAAUACUCUCAACAACCCCUCCUCAACACUCACGAGCCAUAUCCACAUACACAUCCACAUCAAAUCAGCCAAAAUGGUCUACACAAUCGUUGUCCACCUCUACGCCAAAGACGACGAGGUGUCCCUCAAGAAGCUCACCGCCAAGCUUAUCGAGGCUAGCCGCGUCUACUCCCAGGACAAGGAGACCCUCUCAUGGCACGUCAUGCAGUCCACCGCUGACCGACGGGCUUUCACCAUCGUUGAGCGCUAUGAGCAAGAGAGCAGCCAGAAGUAUCAUCUUGAGAACCCUUACUGGAAGACUUUCGAUCCUUACGUCAUUCCCCUGCUGGAGAAGCCUAUGGACCUGAGAAGAUUUGAAGAGCUUGAUACCAGCAAGGACGUCGAGGUUCCUCAAUAAAUGUAGUUGAGUCAAUUGAAUAUAAAUUGAGUUGCUAGAACUAAAAAUCAUGAUUCUGGCGUUAUGAAGACAGCUUCCAUAG